AUCGUUUGAAACAGUACAAAAACUACGAGAGCCUCUCUCACUCUCGUGAGAAUCUGGACAAGGAGUUCUUGGAAGUGCAGAAAGGGAAUACCUUCUAUGACUUCCAGUUCAAUACCAGGCUUGUCAAACCGACAAUUUUGCAUUUCCAGGUAGAGAAUUAUUUAAUUGAUACCAAUUUCUUUAACUAUGCAAGUUCCAGGACAUUUGUGUUCAUUGGUCUGCUAAGUUAUCAUCUUUAUUUGAUUUGUUUAUUUUUUAUGCUGUUGUUCGCAGCCAUACCUUGCUGAUAAUGUUACAUGACUAUAACGUGUUUUGCUAUGUAUAAUUUCUGUAUUCAAGUUUUGCAGGAUUGUGUAAUCUGUAUCAUUCCUUUACACACGGAUGGAAUUAAAGUCUGCCAACUUUAUAUAAGAAUUUAAAUCAAAUCUCUUUGGAUUUUACAUUUGCAAGCUCCCAACAAACUUGAAAUUUGAAAAGUUUUUAGGACUAAUUUGUAAAAACCUUGUUCUUCCCCGCGAACUUAUAAGAAUUUGUGUUAAAACCAGUUUUGUAAACAAUUUUGUCCCUGGUUAAAUUUAUGCUAUGCCCAGUCUUUUUGUUGAAGAGUCUUCUUUACGAUAAAUUCUUUGAAAAGAUGUAUCCACAGGUUCUUUAUUAUUUGCUGUACUUGAAGGCUUUUGAAUCAGAAUUUUAUUCACUAAAUGUUCUUUUUCCUCUUUGGGUAAAUGUUCCUGAAGGCUGCUUUUCUCUUGCCUUGCACACUCUAGUUCAACACUCUAGUUCAACAUUUUCAAUAGAAUUAUCUCCAAUAGAUGCCAUAUAUUCUUUUCUACAGACAAGGCAGUUUCAUGCCAAUUUAUGGAUAUGGAUGCAUCAAGGAUAUGGUAUGACUUGGCAUUCUCAAAAUUUUGGUGAUUUCCUGUAAAAGAUCUUGUUCCAUAUGUUUGAUGUGCUUACAUGCAAGUUGCAACAUAGUGUAGAUGCACACAAAGCCACCUACUAUGCACAUCCAUACACAACAAUUUGUCAACUUUAUACCAUUGGCUUCCAGAAUUUCAUGUGGAUUUCUGAUUAAGAUUCAGUGCAAAUGAAUUGUAUUAUACCGAUAUUGUUUUUAACCGGAAUAGCAGUCUUGUACUACGAGAAGUUGGCCUAUGUUACGUUAGUUUUCUCUAAACCAGGAAUCUGUUUAGGGUUCUGAAGCCAAAUAUUUUAGUCCUGUGAAGCCAUGAUUGAUCAGUACCCUUUUUUGCACCUUGAAUGGUUUUAUUUUCCAUUGUUGUUUCUCAUUAUUAUGUCUGUUACUCUAUAUGUAUGAUAAUUCUCUUGUACAUUUUAUUAUUCAUUUGCCUUUAUAGUUCUGUGCAUGUAGUGACUAUGGCAAUAUAUGUUUCUGUAAUUUAAUUUUUGUCUUAACCUGUUUCUGCAUUUAGGACUUCUAUUUCUCUCUUUAUGUUGGCUUUUAAAGCAGGUGGGAAGUGAGCAGCUUGGCAGGACGUUAUUUUAUGGUAUGAUAGGAAAAUAUCUGACCACAUUUUAGAGGGCUCUAACAAUAUCUGUUAUGAGUUGGCGCUGAUUUGUUCUUGUCGAGCAGGGCUUUGCCUCUUCGUGUUUGGCUCUGAGGAAUAUGUUGUGGGCAACAUCAAAGCAUGAUGUAUACUUUAUGCAAAACUUUUCACUGAUGCAUUGGUCCUCAUUACUACGAAGGGCUAAAGAAGUUCUAAACAUGACUCAACCGAUUGUUCCAACCCUUAAGCGUCCUGGGUUUUUUGCUCAGCCUGCCUUGAGAGUGCAAAUAAGCACCAUGGCUGUUAAGGAAAAUUUGAUGGUGGCAGGUGGUUUCCGUGGUGAGCUUGUUUGCAAGAAUUUGAAACAUUCCGGAGUUGCAUUCUGCAGCAAAAUAACUACCGAUGAUAAUGCCAUGACCAAUGAUGUGGAUGUUUACCGCAAUCCGACUGGGUCAUUGAGGGUCAUCGCAGGAAAUAAUGAUUCCCAAGUUCGGGUUUUUGAUGCAGAGAAUUUUGCUUCUCUUGGUUGUUUCAAAUAUGAUUGGUCUGUUAAUAAUGUUUCGGUUAGUCCGGACGGAAAGUUGUUAGCUGUUCUAGGAGACAGUGCUGAGUGCUUGAUAGCAGAUGCUAACACCGGGACGGUUACUGAGAGCCUAAAAGGGCACCUGGACUAUUCUUUUGCGUCGGCAUGGCACCCAGAUGGACGAAUAUUGGCUACUGGGAAUCAGGACACAACAUGCAGGUUGUGGGACAUCAGAAAUCUUUCCCAUUCCAUGGCUGUGCUAAAGGGAAGAAUGGGUGCAAUAAGAGCCUUAAGGUUCUCGUCAGAUGGACGGUUUUUGGCCAUGGCUGAACCGGCAGACUUUGUCCAUAUAUUUGACUCACAUUCUGGUUAUGUACAAGGUCAAGAGAUAGAUCUAUUUGGUGAGAUCGCUGGUGUAUCCUUUAGCCCGGACACAGAGGCUCUAUUAGUUGGUAUUGCUGACCGAACCUAUGGUAGCUUGAUGGAGUUCAUCAGAAAACGCCCUUAUAGUUAUCUAGACUCCAUGUUUUAAUGGAGUUGAGUGCCUCCAAGAUUUACAGGAGCAACUCCAUGUGCAUAUAUACUGAAGGAUUUCCAAAAUAGGUUUAAAAUUUUAUUUUUCAAGAUGUGUUUCCAGGGUUAUUUUUCUGUUGAGUUUAGUGGAGAAGCAAGUUAUAGAUUUUGCCUCUAGAGAGCUACUUCUGUGGAGAUAUUUUCCUUUUUUUUUUUUUUGGAUGAGAGGUCGAAUAGAUGAUCAACUUUGUCUUCGGAUAAACUCCUUGCUUGCUAUUGUAUAUUUGAAACAAUAGUAUCAAGAAUUAUAUUUGCUUUAAGCUUAUUUUGUCA